AUGUCUCAGAAAACUCCUCGCCUGGCACUUCUGCUCUGCGACACACCUAUCCCCGCUGUUCUUCAGUCCUCAGGCGAUUAUCAUGAGAUCUUCAAGACAUUCUUUCGUUCGGCACUCCCAUCUGAACUUGUAGACUUCGCGAUCGAUGCGUAUGAUAUCAGAAAUAAGAUGGAGUAUCCAGGAGAUUCUCAGCUAGAUGAUUAUGCUGGGGUUGUCAUUACUGGAUCAGCGGCAUCCGCGUAUGAGGAUGUACCAUGGAUAAGCAAUCUCGUAAAAUGGGUUGCGAACAUCUCUACUGCUAAGCCGGAAUUGAAGAUAAUUGGCAUAUGCUUCGGCCAUCAAAUUAUUGCGCGCGCCCUGGGAGAGGACUGUGUGCCAAAUGGCGGAAAAUGGGAAGUGGGUGUGACGGAGGUUGGGCUCACCGACCUUGGGAAGAGGAUAUUUGGUGCCGAUGUCUUGAAUAUUCAACAGAUGCAUAGAGACCACGUUCCGACGAUCCCUCCAUCAUGCCAUCUUCUUGGCUCGACAUCCGUAUCCAUGAACCAGGGCUUUGUUCGCUUCUCUCCUCCCACAGGAGGCAUUUCGGCAGAAAAAGCUCUCCCACACAUCCAGAUUCUUACUCUGCAAGGUCACCCAGAGUUUACAGCGUCGAUUGUGAAAGAGCUCGUUGAUUUGCGAAGUGCAAAUGGGAUCAUAGACACUGAAACGGCGGAUGAUGCUCGGGCCAGGGCUAACUUGAGGAACGAUGGAGUUGACGUCGCUGGGAAGGCUAUAUGGCAGGUGAUACGAGCGUAG